AUGAACUCACUGGUCUCGUGGCAGCUGAUGCUUUUCCUCUGUGCCACUGUCUUCAGGGAAACAUUUGAAAAGGAGGUACCCGUGGAGAACCCUGGACCAACAGGCCAGCGGCUGGGACCCCAGGCUCUCGUGGCCCCGUGGGAGCAGAGCCAGCGGUGCGCGGAGAGGAAGGCAGCCGGGGCUCAGUCCAGCCCGCGGGGGGCUUCGCUGUGCCCGCCUCCCGAGAGCCCCGCGGGGCCCCAGCGGCGGGGCCUGUGCGCCCCCCGCAGCCGCCUGAUCCCCGCCCCCCGGGGCUCGGUGCUGGUGCAGCGGGAAAAGGACCUGCCCGCCUACAACUGGAACUCCUUCGGCCUGCGCUACGGCAAGCGGCAGACUGCACCCCCCGCGAGACUGGGCGGGGGCGCCUGGCGUGGCUGA